GGUUGUUAUUUUGAAUAGCUUAUUUAAAACUAACUCUUCAACGCGAAUCUCUUGAACUUAGUGAAAAGCUUCAGAGGUAUCCGAGCGAAACUUGUAAACCCAUCAAAAGCUCUAGCGAGCACCUGUUAAUCGAGUAUGAGCGGCGGCAGUGGCGGCUUUCGCUGCAAUCGCAAGCUAACGUUGGCCAUGAGCGGCGGCUUUAUAAUUUUGGUGAUCGCACUGACGGUCGGCCUCUGUGUGGGGCUCAGCGGCAGCAAUGACGUCACAGAGACAGAGGAGACACCUGCUUUCAGCAUAGAUCACCAGGCAAAUACUUUCCUCUUGAAUGGCAAACCAUUUCGUUAUGUCGCCGGCUCAUUUCAUUAUUUCCGGGCUCUGCCCGAGGCUUGGCGUAAUCGUCUGCGCACCAUGCGUGCAGCUGGUCUCAAUGCAUUGGAUACCUACGUUGAGUGGUCGCUGCAUAAUCCACACGAUGGCGAAUACAAUUGGGAGGGCAUAGCCGAUUUGGUGAAAUUUCUGGAAAUAGCCCAAGAAGAGGACUUUUACAUAGUGCUGCGUCCCGGUCCAUAUAUCUGUGCUGAGCGCGAUAACGGCGGUCUACCCCACUGGCUGUUCACCAAAUAUCCGGACAUCAAAGUGCGCACAAAUGAUCCCAGAUAUAUAGCCGAGGUCAGCAAAUGGUAUGCACAGCUAAUGCCACGCCUGAAGCACUUGCUUAUCGGCAACGGUGGCAAGAUCAUAAUGGUGCAGGUCGAGAAUGAAUAUGCGGCAUACUAUGCCUGCGAUCAUGAUUAUCUGAAUUGGUUGCGCGACGAGACUGAUAAAUACGUGGAAAAUAAAGCGCUGCUGUUCACUGUGGACAUUCCAAAUGAGCGGAUGCACUGCGGCAAGAUUGACAACGUAUUUGCCACCACGGACUUUGGCAUCGAUCGCAUUCAUGAGAUUGAUCAAAUCUGGAAAUAUCUGCGCAGCGUACAGCCUACUGGGCCCUUAGUCAAUUCGGAGUUCUAUCCAGGCUGGCUCACCCACUGGCAGGAGAUGAACCAGCGACGCGAUCCGCAAGAAGUGGCCAGCGCCUUAAAAACCAUACUCAGCUACAAUGCCAGCGUCAAUCUCUAUAUGUUCUUUGGCGGCACAAAUUUCGGCUUUACAGCCGGCGCCAAUUACGAUCUAGAUGGCAGCAUUGGCUAUACGGCGGACAUCACCAGCUAUGACUACGAUGCGGUUAUGGAUGAGGCGGGCGGAGUUACCAAAAAGUAUGAGCUAGUCAAACAAGUGAUAGGCGAGGUACUGGAUCUGCCCAACAUUAUGCUAAAUCCCGCCAAGCGCUUGGCAUAUGGCAAAGUGGAGCUGACACCCGCAAUGGAGCUGCUGUCGGCGGAGGGACGCGCUGCCCUGUCCAAGGGCACGCCCGUCAAGUCCGAGAAGCCCAAAUCCUUUGAGGAACUGGAUCAGUAUUCGGGCCUACUGCUGUACGAGACACCGUUGCCCAGCUUGGAUCUGGAUCCAACGCUGCUGCAGGUGGAGGAUUUACGUGAUCGAGCCCACGUCUUUGUCGAUCAGCAGCUGGUGGGCACACUGUCCCGGGAGGCGCGCAUCUAUGCGCUGCCCCUGAGCAAGGGCUGGGGCAGCAUGCUGCAGCUGCUCGUCGAGAAUCAGGGACGCAUUAACUUUGAUCGCGCCAACGACACGAAAGGCAUCUUUGGCAAAGUGACGCUGCAGCUGCACAAUGGCGGCGCCUUACCGCUGGAGAAUUGGACAACCACCGGCUAUCCACUGGAGGCCAUCACCAUUGACAGCUGGCGCCAGAAGUUGCCCGAAAAUGCAGCCCUCGACUCGUCGAUAGCCAAGCAGCGACUGCUGCGCUCCGGACCCAUACUCUAUACGGGCAGCUUCCAGGUGUCCGAGGUGGGCGACACCUAUCUGAACACGGCUGGCUGGGGCAAGGGCGUGGCCUAUGUGAAUGGCUUCAAUUUGGGACGCUAUUGGCCUCUGGGCGGACCCCAGAUAACGCUCUAUGUGCCCAACGAGCUGCUCAAAGUCGGCUCCAAUUCUCUGGUGCUGCUCGAGUAUCAACGCUGCAAUAAGACCACGAAUGGCUCAGAGCUGCCGGCGGUGCAAUUCGAUGCAGUUGCUCAGCUGGAUGGGGAGUCCAGCGAGGCACAGAAAUAGACAGCAUUUUUAUACUUUUGUUAAUUUUUUAUUAUUAUAAUUUACAAGCAUUUUUUUUAUUAUUAGAAGCAGUUAUUGAUUUCGCUGUCGCAACAACAACCUUGACAAGCAUUUCUUUUUUUAAUAUU